AUUUCUCAUAUUUCAUUUUACGCGCUCUUUUACCCAAAACUAAAAUACCCUAUUUUUUUUGUUGGUGCGCCUCAUUUCCACUCUUAUUUAAUAUAUCACCUUAAUACCAAUAAAAGAAGUCAUGACAUCGGUGCAGUUCACAGUUGGCAAGCUUGAUGCUGGCAUGGCUAUUCUGCUCACAGAAGAUCAUCAUCUGAUCGAAUUUCCUUCUCUUCUUCUUCCUAAUGGCGUAACUUCCGGAAGCAUCGUCAACAUUGCCGUAACCCGUAAUGUAUCUGAAGAAGAGAAAAAGAUGCAAGAGUUUUGGGACCUUCAAGAAAAGAUAUUGAUGGAAUUCGGUAACGCCGAACCCGAAAGGCCCGUAUUGCGGGUCAAAAACAUCACUCAGACCUCACUCUUGCUCGAGUGGGAUCCUCUCGUUCUUCACACUGCAACUCUUAGAUCACUUAGUAUUUACAAGAAUGAUACCAAGGUCACUCAGCAUGUCCAGAGCGAGCAAAACGUUGCCAAGCUGUCCGGUCUGGAAGUUGAUCAUGAAUUUGAGUUUUAUAUUGUCAUCAAAACAACUGCUGGUAGUUAUGAAUCCAAUAGAGUUGUCGCACGUACACACAGAAUGGAGAACUUGACAGGUAUCCGGGUAGCCUUUGGUAUGUUUGAGGAACCUGAACCUGCAAUUACCGAGCUCAAGGCACUGGUUGAGAAGAUGGGGGCUACUUGGACAGAUGAGGUGAAUAGCGAAACCACCCAUCUGUUGGCACAAUUGCCAGGUGGACCAGGAUAUGACCAGGCUGUGAGAUACUCUAUACCAAUUGUUAAGCCAGACUGGCUUGUGCAGUGUAAUAAGAAUAAGAAGAUCCAACCUGCUCUUCCGUAUUAUAUUAGACAAUUAUCCUGCUGAGAGAAUCGCUAUCCCAUGGAACCCGUCAAUAAAAUUGUGUAUCUCAUAUUGGUAAAGUUAGAACAAGAGCUG